AUCACCCCCCAAAAAUUAUCUAAAAGCAGACGAACCCCUACCCCUAGUGAGCUGGUACCCGGCAGGGAGAAAUGGAGUUCAAAUGCGCCGACGUUGGCCUGUGGAGGGAAGCCCUCUCUUCUUAUAGAACUCGCAUUGAAUCUCUCAACAAACCCAACCUCGUUUCGCUCGAUGAGUUCUACACCAAUGAGCUUCCUCUUCUCAUCCACCAACGAAACCCUAAUCCCUACAUCACUACCUCUGAGCUCUCCAAGCUCAUGCAAUGGAAGCUCACCCGUGGCAAAUGGAGGCCUAGGUUACUAGACUUUGUUUCGUCACUGGAUGAGGCCCUAGUGAAAUCUGCAUCAGAGAAGGCUUUCAAGUCCCUACCUGACAUCUCUAAAGCUGUGACAGAGCUCACAAUCCUGAAAGGUGUUGGUCCAGCCACUGCAUCUUCUAUUCUAGCUGCGUACGCCCCUGAUGUGGCACCUUUCAUGUCUGAUGAGGCAAUGGUGGCAGCUAUUGGUAACUCUAAAGAUUAUACAUUGAAGCAAUAUCUCGUGUUUGUGGAUAAGCUACAGAAUAAAGCAAAGGAAUUGAGCUUAGAAGGGGAUGUAUUCACACCAUCAGAUGUUGAAAGGGCUCUGUGGAGUUCUGCUGUAGGGGCCAAGUUGUCAGAUUCUUUUGCACAACCUGAUCUCAAGGUUAACUCAAACAAGAAGUCCAAAAGAAAGAGAAAACCGUGAUUGUUCCUGCUAGUUGAUAGCAAUUCCGCUAACAUUGUUCAUCGGUAAAUAGGAGACGCUUUGCUGCAUUCUGGAGGUGUAGUAUCUUUAAUCAAAGUAGGGUGUCUCCUCAGAGUUUUAGUUUACUUUGUAAGGCAGUUUGUUUGGCUUCUACCUCCAGAAUGCGUCGUACAAGCAUGUACCCUGUCUAUGGGGAUGUCAAGUCCUGUAUGCUUUUUAUGUGUAAUCCAUUUAAGCAGGCCUCUUUUCUUA